AUGCGAAGCACAAGAGGAAGCCCCUCCACCGCCGUCGGGCCGCCAGCCGGACGCGGCCGGUAUGGGCACAUUAGGCCGUGGGCCGAGCCGAGGCCUAAAUUGGAUCCACAAAGCCCCAGUCGCCCCGCUGUGACUGCGCUGUUCGACGCCGCCGUCCUAGUGAAUGUGGUGCUGCUCCUCCACCUACGAAAUGACAUUAUGUCGACGCCUGGCGCGCGAAAUAUCCGGGAGCGUGCGUCCGUGCGUGCAGAGGUAUGGUGCGACGCGUCUUCUCAUCCAUGCGCGCGUCGCCCACACCGUACCGUACGUACCUGGGACGCGUACGUGGAACGGUUCUUCCGGGGAGGAGGGACUCUACCACUUGCAAGCAAGACGCGGCGUGACUGCCGGCUGCACUUCCACCACUGCUUUGUUGACUGUCAUGGACAGUACGUUCCUCUCGGCAGACGGGACUCGACGAGCGCAACCGGGAAUACCGGGGACCUCCCGGGCCCUGGCUCCAGCCUCGCACAGCUCCAGGCCGCGUUCGCCAAGAAGAACCUCAACACCGUGGACAUGGUGGCGCUCUCCGGCGCGCACACCAUCGGCCGGGCGCAGUGCCAGAACUUCCGCUCGCGGAUCUACGGCGGCGACACCAACAUCAACGCCGCCUUCGCCACCUCGCUCAAGGCCAACUGCCCGCAGUCCGGCGGCAACGGCAACCUGGCGGCGCUCGACGCCACCACCGCCAACGCCUUCGACAACGCCUACUACACCAACCUGCUCUCCCAGAAGGGGCUCCUCCACUCCGACCAGGUGCUCUUCAACAACGCCACCACCGACAACACCGUCAGGAACUUCGCGUCCAGCGGGGCGGCCUUCAGCAGCGCCUUCGCCACGGCCAUGGUCAAGAUGGGCAACAUCUCGCCGCUCACAGGGACGCAGGGCCAGAUCAGGCUCAGCUGCUCCAAGGUGAACUCGUGAUCAGCGUACGAGGAUUAUACGUCACGUGAAUGAAUAAGGCCACAAAACCGACGGCCAAUUCCACUCUACUAUUAGCAGUUCAGCACUAGCUAGAACCGUGUAUAUAUAUACGUGGUGCAGCUCAAAAUUAUGCAUGCACCUCUACACAUGUAACUAUCGAAUUCUCUCAUGCAAAGGCAUAAAGAAUUAUACUACUUUAAUAUGUACAACUACAA